AUGAACGAGCUGCCGGCGGCCGAUGCACAGGACGGAGACGAUGACCACCUGCCAGCUCAGAUCUUCGUCGACUCCUUCAAGAAGACCCUUCCGCGCUCGGUACUUUCGACGCCCAUCCUCCGGGUCACCAAGCCGGCAAGGGUGCUCGACGACGUCGACCUAGUCCCUAAGAGAAGCGCGAGGCUGGCGGCAAAGAGCCGGUACAGGGAGAUGCACCGUGAAGCGCAGGCGAGAAAGGUCAUGAUGAAGCGGUUGGGCUUCGAAAUGGAGACGCAGGUCCCUGAUGAAGCAUCCUUCGACGAGUUCCAGGAAGUAUUUGCCCUACCACUGACUCCGUCCAAGCGAGAGGCGAUGGAGAUACUAUUCCCGGGAAGGAAGCAGCGUGCACCCUCUGCCGUUCGCGCCGCCUGA